AUGCCCACCAUUAGAGUACCAAGGACAGGAGACAGGGUUUUCAAGAGCGAAUGCGCAUUUUCCUACGACUCUCCUGAAUCAGAAGGAGGUCUGUAUGUGUGUAUGAACUCAUUCCUGGGUUUCGGAAGAGAACAUGUGGAGAGACAUUACCAUAAAACUGGACAGAGCGUGUACAUGCACUUAAAACGACAUGUGAAAGAGAAAGCCACAGGUGCUGCAGGGGGUGCCACACCAAGAAGAAGGAAUGGAAAAGUAUUUUUAGAUUUAGAGCUAAACCGUGAUUUUAACGGAGUUGAUUAUGAGUAUGAAGAUGAGGCCAAGCUUGUCAUAUUUCCAGACCACUUUGAGAUCCCUUUACCAAAUAUUGAGGAGUUGCCCGCACUGGUUACAAUAGCCUGUGAUGCCAUCCUCAAUGCUUCAUCUCCAUACAAAAAGCAGGAGGCUGAUUCAUGGGAAGAGGAGAUCCAAGUAUCUAGACAUGCCAGAAGUCUGAGACAGCAGGAUAAUGGGGUUCGAAUUCCUCCCAGUGGCUGGAAGUGCGCCAAGUGUGAAAUGAGAGAGAACCUGUGGCUAAACCUGACGGAUGGCUCUGUCCUCUGUGGGAAGUGGUUCUUUGAUGGGAGCGGAGGGAACGGACAUGCCCUUGAGCACUACAAAGAAACCAACUUCCCCCUGGCAGUUAAACUCGACACAAUCACCCCAGAUGGAGCAGAUAUUUAUUCUUUUGAUGAAGAAGAAGCGGUGCUUGAUCCUCACAUAUCAGAACAUUUGUUACACUUCGGAAUAGAUAUGCUGCAAAUGCAAAGGACAGAGAAUGGCCAUCAUACAGACAACCACGUGCAGCCGCGUGUGAGUGACUGGGAAGUGAUUCAGGAGUCCAGUCUAAAGCUAAAGCCUGUCUAUGGCUCAGGAUACACGGGCAUCAAAAACCUGGGCAACAGCUGCUACCUGAGCACCACUAUGCAAGUGCUUUUCAGUAUUCCGGAGUUCCAGAGAGCGUAUGUUGGGAACCUACAGAGAAUAUUUGACUACUCACCCCUUGACCCAUCUCAGGAUUUCGGCACACAAAUGGCAAAACUCGGUCAUGGACUUCUCUCAGGCCAGUACUCAAAACCUCCAAUGAAAUCAGAACUUAUUGAACAGGUGAUGAAAGAAGAAUACAAGCAGCAGCAAAGAGGGAUUUCACUUAAGAUGUUCAAAGCGCUGGUCAGUAAAGGACACCCAGAGUUCUCCUCAAACCGGCAACAAGAUGCUCAUGAAUUCUUUCUGCACUUAAUUAACCUGGUGGAGAGGAACAGUUCAGGCUCAGAGAACCCCAGCGAUGUGUUCCGCUUCUUAGUUGAGGAGCGAGUGCAGUGCUGUCAGACACAGAAGGUGCGGUACACACAGCGGGUGGACUACCUUAUGCAGCUUCCUGUACCCUUAGAGGCUGCCAGCAACAGAGAGGAGUUAAUAACAUAUGAGAGUAAGCGGAAGGAAGCUGAGGAGAACAUGCGGCCCCCUCCAGAGCCGGUGAGAGCCCGAAUCCCCUUCACUGCCUGUCUGCAAGCCUUCACUGAGCCUGAGAAUGUUCCAGACUUCUGGAGCUCUGCACUGCAAGCCAAGUCGGCCGGAGUAAAGACUUCUCGUUUCGCAUCUUUCCCAGAGUACAUGAUCGUGCAAAUAAAGAAGUUCACAUUUGGGGUUGAUUGGGUGCCCAAAAAGUUAGAUGUUUCUGUAGAUGUACCUGAUUUCCUGGACUUGAAUCGCCUCCGGGCCACAGGGCUACAGGCUGGAGAAGCAGAACUGCCUGACCUUACACCUCCCAUUGUCAUUCCUGAAGACACCAGAGACAGUACAACAAACAACUCUUUGGAAUCUCCAGAAAUAGAUGAAUCAUCCGUGAUGCAACUGGCAGAGAUGGGCUUCCCUCUGGAAGCCUGUCGGAAGGCAGUGUACUACACUGGGAAUAUGGGGGCAGAGAUGGCCUUUAACUGGAUAAUAGCACACAUGGAAGAGCCAGAUUUUGCCGAGCCUCUGGCAAUUCCCACUUACAUGGAACCAGACCUGCCCGGCCCCAGCUUCCCUACUAGCAGUGCGCUGGACAACCAACCUCCAGAAGAGAGCAUCUCCAUCCUCACCUCCAUGGGCUUCCCCAGACAUCACACAAUCCAGGCUCUCAAAGCCACAAACAACAACUUAGAGCGAGCUCUUGACUGGAUAUUCACACACCCAGACUGUGAGGACGAGAGUGAGGCUAUGUCAGACACGGCAGACACAGAGCCGAACAAUAACAGCUUCUCAAAUGCCAAUGCCCACAGCGACUCCUCUCUGUCUCCAGAUCAGGACCUGUCCAGCCCCCGUGUCAGAGACGGACCCGGGCGUUACGAACUGUUUGCUUUCAUCAGUCACAUGGGAUCAUCUACAAUGUCUGGUCAUUAUGUGUGUCAUAUCAAAAAAGAGGGCAGGUGGCUGAUUUACAAUGACCACAAAAUAUGUUUGUCAGAGAGGCCCCCUAAAGACUUGGGCUACAUGUACUUUUACCGGCGCCUGUCAAGCUGCUAGAUCCGGACCUUCACAUCCUUACGCACAGCCGUUAGGCCAGAGAGGUGUGUGGGGCACCACUGACACUGCUGGAAACUAGGGAAGCAUUUACAUCUGUGAGAUGGAGAGAGAACCUCUCAGUCCCUGCCAAGACCCACACAGACGCUCAUACCACAGGAACGGUCCAGCAGGGAAACUAAUAUGUGCCAUCCAUCUGAGUUUUGUUUAUAUGUUCGUCUCCUGUCUGCUUUAAAGGUACAGUGGGGUGCGUGCAAUUUUAGGUAUGCAAAUUAUUUUCCUAAUAUAUUCUCAAAGUAUUUGUUAUAUUUCUCUUUGAAUACUUUAAGCUCCUGUGCCAGUAUUUUCAAGACAUACUUCUUUUGAAAAUAUAAAGUGUGCCUGCAUUUACAAAUGUUUUUACUGCCAUCUCAGCAGAAUGUACUCACUGCAAUUCCUUUGGGUUUUACAGUAGUUCAACAACAACAAAAAAUCGGUCAGAAUGGAUUUCGAAUAGAGAUCACGCUUAGUGGAUUUUGUUGAAGCUGCA